CAGCACUUAACAAAUUACAAGCAAGUUUCGGUCCUUUACAACACGCGCGGACAAUAUUUAAUGUCGAGGUGUAAACGAGCUGGCCGAUUCAUUUUUUAAUUUUAUAUAGCAAGCGUUUUUAAAAAUAUUAAAAACAUGGCCACGGCUGAAGCUCAAGUCAAUGUGAACACAAAUUUGCAAAAGCAGGAUCUUAGCAAUUUGGAAAUCAGCAAUCUAACGCCACUGUCGCCAGAGGUAAUCUCGCGGCAGGCUACAAUCAACAUAGGAACAAUCGGACAUGUAGCUCACGGCAAAUCGACGGUUGUUAAAGCCAUCUCCGGAGUGCAGACGGUUCGCUUUAAAAAUGAAUUAGAACGAAACAUUACAAUUAAGCUCGAACGCUUAAGCGAAACGAAAAUCCAAAAACUUUUGCACUCCAGGCACCAACGCAAGCAAUUUGAACUGCAGCAAAGUCAGGUGCUCAAGCGUCUCGCGAAUUUACGGCAACGAUACGUCCGGAAACACCAGGAGCAGCCGACAAAUAAUUUGUUUACUUAUUUCAUGCGUGCCAGGCGAAGCACAAGCCAAAGUUCCCUAAGUCCCAGCCAUAGCAGCGGUUAUGGCAGCGUGGAACCAGAGGAGGAACUGGACACGGAUACAACCGCAUCAUCAUCGUCUUCUGCACGAAAAUCGUUUACCCCAGCAACCGCUGUUAAGCGACGACGCAGCAGCAAAGGCAGCCAAGAUGUGUCAUCACCUGCUUUAAAGCUAACCAAGAUUGAUUCUGGUCGGGCGAUAAAAAGACCAAAGGCCGAGUACAUUGUGGAGCACAUUAAGUGCGUCGAGGUUGUCAACUAUCAGCCCGUGUUCUUUGUCAAAUGGCUGGGCUAUGACAGCAGCCAGAACACCUGGGAAAGUUUCACCAAUCUCGCUGACUGCGUUCAGCUUGAGGAUUUUGUUGAACGCCAUACAGAUUUGUAUCAGCAUUACAUAUCACAGAUUGCCAGCGAAUUGGAGGCACAACUAGACACGGCAACGCCGCUGGAGCUCAACAGUAUAACCAUGCGGGAGUUGGAUAAAUACGAAACACUGCCAUUGCAAUUGGAUAUGAUAUUACUGGCACAGUAUCGUGCCUCGGGUAGCCGCAGUCAACGCGAGCCACAGCGGAUUAUGGAGCGUGCAUUGCGAUGCCUGCAGAUGCAAAGACUCCAUGCUGCGCGUCGCAAUCAGUUGAAGGCGCUGUCGCAAUUUGAGGUACACAUGAAUGCCGUGGAGCAUCCGUCGCCCCCGAUCCGUGUCACAAAUGAUGUCGACUUGGAUACCAUUGACUUGAAUUUCGUGUACACUCAGCAGAACAUUAUUAGUGCUGCGGUGCCAAUGCCGGAGGCAGCACUUUUCGGCUGCAAUUGCCAGGAGAAGGGAGUCGACUGCAGCGCCUCCAGUCGAUGCUGUGCCCGCCUCGCCGGUGAACUGUAUGCCUACGAUCGUAGUACGCGACGUUUGCGCCUGCCACAGGGCAGUGCGAUUUAUGAGUGCAACAGUCGGUGUAGCUGUGAUGUCAACUGCACUAAUCGAUUGGUCCAACACGGACGAAAGCAUUCGCUUGAGCUAUUCAAGACCAGCAAUGGAAGCGGCUGGGGCGUCCGUACACCGCAUUUUCUGCGCAAGGGCGAGUUUGUUUGCGAAUAUGUUGGCGAGAUAAUCACGAGCGAUGAGGCGAAUAAACGUGGCAAGGCUUACGAUGAUAAGGGUCGGACAUAUCUGUUUGAUUUGGACUACAAUACGACGGCGGAGAGCGAGUAUACCAUCGAUGCAGCCAAUUAUGGCAAUGUUUCGCACUUUAUCAAUCACUCGUGCGAUCCCAAUCUGGCCGUAUUCCCCUGCUGGAUUGAGCAUUUAAAUGUCGCAAUGCCCCAUUUAGUAUUCUUCACCCUGCGUCAAAUCAAGGCCGGGGAGGAGCUAAGCUUUGAUUACAUUCGAGCCGACAAUGAAGAUGUUCCCUAUGAGAAUCUAUCGACAGCUGCUCGCGUCGAAUGUCGCUGUGGAGCCGACAAUUGUCGCAAAGUUCUCUUCUAGAGCGGAUUGUGACAUGUGGAUUAGCUAUUACUUAGAUGAUGAUUUUAUAUUCAGAUUCCGCAAGUCUACUGAUUGCUUUAUUUGUAGACCCCCCCUUCAUCGAGACAAAAAGAGAACAACUCGACGUAAUUCCGCAAAAAAUAUUGUACAUUGUAAAUACCAAUUAAUUUUGUUAAUAUUUAUAGCCUUGACCACUUUCAUACUGAAUUUUUGGUGGAGCCAGAUCGAAUUCCUUAAUUAUACUUUACAAGCUAGUUAUUAUUUUAUUUAAAUUAUCAAUAUCUAAACUAUAUACGAUACUUUUGCGGAAUUGUGUCGACAAGUUGCAAGAUUAUUUUGAUCGGUUUAUUGAUAAAUAUGGAUGUACCAUGUUGCGUUCAGACUAUUUUAUAAAAGUGAAGAGUCUUCACCCUUUUUUUUAUAUAGACACCUAAGCAUUUAGUUUUAUUUUUUAAUUAGAAAUAAUCAUCACAUUGUUAUAAUACUAUUACAUACUAUGUGACCAUAACUUGAAAUAAAAUCACACGUUCAUAUAAAUGUAUUUU